AUGCAGCUCCUUUCAUGGCUGGCUGCCGGGGUUCCCCUCGCCCUUGCAGAGGAGGGGAAUCCGGAGCAGCAUGGCCCAGAAGGCAAUGCAGAGUGCUGGGAUGGGAUGCACACAUUCGCAACCUGCUGCCUGCCCGGGGCGGAUGGAACUUACGCUCCGCCAACAGACUUUGAGGCCCUCAUGGCCCGGGGGCAUACCGGAGACACGUCGGUCCUUCCUGCGAUCCUUCAACUCCUGAGCUCCGGGGGUGAGGACUGCUCCUCUCAAGCUUCUGGCUGCGAUGCGGACGGGGGGGUGAUCUCUGCAAGGCAAUGGAAGGCGUUCUUCGAGGCGUCGUCGAUUUCGAAGUUCAUGCGGCUCCAGCCAUGGCCACCCGAGGGGAAGCCUUCCCUGCUUUGGAGAACAUGUUGCUCUGACGACCGUUUGAGCAUCCGAGAGCGCGUGAUGACACUCGCAGGAUCGUGUGCCGUUGGAGCAGCGGCUUUAGUCCUGUCUGUUGUGCCACUUCUCGAGAACACCUCCCACGCGGCCGCGCUCGAAGGCUACAUGGUUGGGUCGGAGCUAGCUGCAUCGCUGGAUGAAGUUGGCGACUGCCGAUGGCGGCACCAGACGAAUCGAGCCGCCUGGAUGCACUAUGACUGGUUCCUGUCACCCCCGGAGAAAAUCUUCCCCUGCCCCGGUUCCCUGCGCAUCUUCGUGGACGAGCGCGACGCCGCGCGGGUGCUCCGGGAGGCCCCCCUGAGCUGUGCGAGGCGGGGCCUGUGCUUCACCGAAGUCUGGGUCCACGAGUUCUUACGACGCGCGAGCUGCCGCGUAGACGACCCGGCCGAGGCAGACUACGUGUACUUGCCCAUCUACAUGUCCUGCUACGACAUGCACCUCUCCAAGAGAGCCGACCAAGCUCUGGCACUCGAGAACCUGAUGGGCGACGUGAUGAACCGGAGGGGCCCUCCGGUACUCCUGGCUUUCACGUGCGAGAAGUGGAAGAUGUUUGGUUGGAGGAGUGUGCUUCAGGGCCGGAAGAGAGACUACCUGAUAGCUGCGGUGGAAGCCCGGCCACUCCUUGGCCCGGAGGAUGAUGAGCGCAUCCUUCCUGGCACCUCCUGGCAUUGCCAGGACUGCUUUCGAUUCGGCUUAGAUGUGGUCUUGCCAUCGGCCGUCCCACCCGCCGAAGCCCAAAGACUCCGAUUCUUCAAUCGGGCGCCGGCCGAGCGCGAGCUGCUGCUGGUCUGGAAAGGGGAGCACGCGCAGUCGGAUGCCCGGGCAGAUGUCCGCGAAGGCUACCUGGAGGUGAAUGAGACAGUUCGGCCCAACAUCAUCAAACAUCUUCAGUCGAAACCUGAUGUCGAUGUUGGCCGCUCCUCCAUGCGCUACAGCUUCCUCAUGGGCAACUCUCACUUCUGCCUUGUGCCUCGCGGGCGCGGCUGGUGGACCGUAAGGCUCUUUGAGGCCUUCUACGCCGGCUGUGUGCCGGUUCUGCUCAGCGACGAUGUGGAGCUGCCUUUCUCCGACUUCCUUGACUGGGACACCUUCUCCCUGAAGUGGCCCAUGCGCGAGGUCGGGGAGGGCCUCUACCAACACUUGAAAGCCAUCAGGGAUGAUGGGGAGACGAUCAACGAGCUCCACAAGGGUGUGAGGGAUGCGGCCUGCUGGUUCGACUUCUUGGACCCCUCGUCGGGCGACUGCUCUCCGUACCAAGGCCUGUUGAAGGAACUGGCGCACAAACGCCAGGGAAGGCCUCGCAGGCCCUUGCGGCACUUCUGGUUCUAG